AAACGAGAGAGAGAGAUGGACGAACAACCCAGUUGCAGAGGAGGGGCAGAAUUGGUGUUAAACCUUGAAUCCAACUCUUCAAUUUCCAUCAACUAUGACCCCAAAUUUGGGCCUCACGACGAUCUGUUCCUUCUUGAAGUCGAUGAGAAACUCCUUCCAGAUAUCCUCCAACAGAGGGUAACCUUUCGAGGGCAACCUGAUGAAGAAGCCGUUAUCUGUACUUCUUCAAAGACUUACGCUGUCAAGUUCGUUGGAAACUCCAACACUGUAUUCCUCAUUCCCCCAACCAAUUCUUCCAUUUUGAAUGGAAAUUCUGAUAAUGAGAAGGAGACAGUUGUUGGGUCUGUUUUAAAAGUGGCACCUGGAAACAUGGAGCUAGUUGAGGUUGCUCCGAAGCUUGACAAGCUCAAAUCGCUUCUGAAAGAGAGCCCUUACCGACCAGAGGGUAAUUUAGAAAUGGAUGAAUUGGAGGUGGAAGAGCUGGAUGAAGGAAAUUUGGGUUUGUUUCCAUGGGAGGAUUUGGUUGAAAGGAUUCAGGCUAGUGAUGAGGAACUAAGAGCCGGGUUGCAAGCUCUUUCGGCUGUAAAGAUUAAUGGGAGUUGGGGAAUUGUAGAUGAGGAGUACAUGAACAAUCUUCUGACGGUGCUUUUGCACCUUUCAGUAUCAGAAGGGUGGUCUUUGAGUGCUCUUAAGGAGGAUGAAGUUGUGGGCUUGAUGGAGGCUCAUGGGUAUCAGAGUAAGCUUGUGCUGCAUUGUUUGGAAAUGUAUGGAAGCAAGGUGAGUAAGGAUGUGAAUGAAGGUCAUUUUUGGAUGUUGGAUGAGAAGCGUGUUUGUGUGCAUUUUGCCAGAGCGAUUCUCAGAGGUGGGAAGAGGAAGAUGGAGAGUUUCAUGGAGCAGUGGGCGUUGAAAAUCCCGCAAGGGAUGCAUGGUAGCUUUGAUAUGUUGGAGGGUGAGGUUUUGGUUGAGAGGCUCGGAGUUGAGACAUGGGUCCAUGCCUUUAGUGUUUCUUCUCUGUCCUCCAUCCCUGCCGAGCGUUUUUUGAUGCUCUUCAGAGAAAGGCAGAAGUGGGAAUGGAAGGAUCUGGAGCCCUACAUCAAGGACUUACGAGUACCUGGUCUCUCUUCGGAAGGUUUGCUCCUCAAGUAUACUCGAAGAACACAGCCUACCAAGGAUUCAGAACCUGUCUUCACUGCAAGAUAAUUGAUCAUGUAUCUCAUGUGGUACCUAUGCUUGCUCUGCUUAUUAUGAGUAGUUUAAACAAUUGGUGUACUACAUUGGAAAAGCUUCAAAUUAGAAACAUUGUUAUUGAGCCAUCUUUAAAAUCCUUUCAAUUUAACAUGAGAGAGUUUUCUUUUAGUAAUGAGACACUUUAAAUAGCUUCCUGGCUUCUUUCUUGCCCUUGUGUAUACAAUUUCCCCAUUCCCUAUGAACAAUUGCCAUCAUUGUCUUGUAAUUAGGAACUUAGGACAUAGAAGUAGCAAUUUUUCUCCAUCUCUUUAUUUGAAAGCCCUUAAAUUUUCUGAUGGGAUGCUUAUAAAUUUAUUUGUUAAUCACUUGAAACUGUGC